UGUAAGGAAUUAGUUGUUUCAGUUCGGUCCGAAAUUAAGCCUCCACACUACAUUUCCCAGAAGUCAGUACGGUUUGAUGAGAAAACAGAGCGGCUGACUAAACAUUGAAGCUUGAAAUGCUGCACACGAGGUUAACAAUGACGCCAGACCCAGCUGCUGGAUAGGUCUCUGUCAGACAUUGUCACAAUGUGGAAUGGAACAAAGGUCAACAUUUUCUCUUAUAUGAGAACGACAGUAUGUAGUAUUUUAACUACCACGCCAAAACCUUGUUAAAUUGUUCUCUUAGUUUAAAACAUCCUGACAUAUGCAGGCAGAAGUGUUGAGAGAAAACCAGCAGUCUUUUAAAUCCACUCAGCUCAGUUUUACAUUAAUUUGUUUGUUCCAAAAAACAAAGUUAGCAGCUUUUUCAGACCACAGUAAGUCCUCCCAUGGUGUAGUUCACAAACAGGUGGCACAAUGGUAGCAGAGGACCUGGCACGAAGUGGAGACAGAUCUGAAGGGGACAAAGAGAUUGAUCCAAAAGAGUCUGAAGUUGAGGAUGCCGGAGGACCAGAAAAUGGAGAUGCAGAGAUGGCUGUUCUUCCUUCUCCAGAAGGUCUCCCAGAAGAAGCUAAACAGCCCAGAAAGUGGAAGUUUGCUGUGAUAUUUUUGUGUUGUUAUGGCUUUAUGGCAUCAAUAAAGCCUGGGGAGCCCUUUAUAACACCGUAUCUCCUGAGUAAUGAGAAGAACUUCACCAGGGAACAGGUGACCAAUGAGAUCACUCCUGUGCUGACGUACUCCUACAUGGCCGUGUUGGUGCCAGCCUUUCUGCUGACAGAUUUCCUGCGGUACAAGCCGGUUUUGAUCAUUCAGGGCAUCAGUCAAGUCUCCAUUUGGCUAAUUCUGCUACUAGGGACCACCCUCCUUGAGAUGCAGUUCAUGGAGUUUUUCUAUGGCAUCACCAUGGCCUGUCGCGUGGCUUACUCCUCCUACAUCUUCUCCCUGGUCAGUCCAGUCCUAUACCAGCAAGUGGCUGGGUACUCGCGCUCUUCCGUCCUUUUGGGGGUAUUUACCAGUUCUACACUUGGCCAGAUAUGCAUGUUCAAUGGCAUCACCUAUUACACCUUAAAUGCCAUAUCUUUGGGUUUCGUCAGCUUUGGCCUACUGCUCUCUCUGUGCCUGCCCUGGCCAAAGCGCUCUUUGUUUUUCAAUCGGUCAAAAAACCAAGAGCAAAAGGAAUUGGCAGGAUCAACAGCCACCAAGGGAGAACUGGACAAAAUUAACCCGACUGAAGGUGCGACACCUGAAUUGGCUUCCCCAUGCACUGGGAUGCGCUGGAGCGAUUCUGUCUUUGUGCAGAUGCUACUGGAGUUAAGAAAUGUGGUGAGGAUGCCAAGUCUGCGACUCUGGUCACUGUGGUGGAUCUUCAACUCAACAGGGUACUACCUGGUGCUCUUCUACGUCCACAUUCUGUGGAACAAAGUACACCCAGCCACUGAGACCAAGGACGUGUACAAUGGGGGAGUGGAGGCAGUUUCAACACUACUGAGUGCAGGAACUUCCUUCAUUGCGGGUUUUGUUAAAAUCCGGUGGAACGUGUGGUCUGAGUUGGUGAUAGGCAUUAUCACGGCAGUGCAGGCCAGUUUGCUGCUGCUCAUGUACAAAACAGACAACAUCUGGAUCUGCUAUGUGGCCUACAUCCUCUUCAGAUGUGUCUACCAGUUUCUGGUGCCUAUUGCAACGUUCCAGAUCGCCUCAUCCCUCACCAAGGAACUCUGUGCCCUGGUGUUUGGUAUUAACACUUUCUUGGGGACCAUCCUGAAAAGCAUCAUUAACCUGAUAUUUUCUGACAAGAGGGGCCUGGGAUUGGAUGUGCACUCUCAGUUUCUGGUUUACUUCAUUUACUUCACACUGCUCACAGUCAUCUACUUGAUCAGUGCCACAGUGGUCAUCGUCCGUCACUAUAGAAACCAACCCAACAGAGGGGGUGGAGCUAAUGAGCAGGCAUCAUCAACAGAGCUCAGUCCUGUGGCCAUCAGUUCAGAGGUUGACCCUUUGUCUAAUGGCAAAAGUAUCAAGACAUAACUCCAUCUGAUGUCACCUUAAACGUGCAGUGUUUUCCUGUCAGACUGGGAUCAAUCAUUUUCACUCACUGGUGUGAAUGGGAGUCAGUGUUUGCUGCAGAGCCUUAAUCAAAGAAGUGCCUCCUCUGCUCGUGAAAGAUCCAGCACUACAGAGCUCAGACCAGAUUUUGGUCUGCUUUAUGAUGAUUUAUAUGUUCGUGAUGACACAGUUGAUCAUUGUUAGUGAUUCAAUGGCUUCGUUCACACUGCAGUCUUAGUGCUUAGUUAGGAAUGACUUGGCUGUUUUUUGGUUAGGUUUUACACAUUUUAUAAAUGUGCAGAUGUCAAUGUAAAGUGGUCCUGAACUGACCCACACAUGCAAAAGCACAACAGCACAAACAUCACAUACCAAUGUAAACAUGAAGGCCGCUGAAACUGAUGUGCAGUGAAGGGCUGACAUGAACAUUUGUGACCAGAUUAUAAUGAGGGUGAGGGUGAAGGUUUAACACCUAUUCUGUACUAGUACCCAUAUCGAUUAUUCUGCUUCAAUACCAGUUCCUAAACAAUAGUGUUUUUUAUACUAAAUUUUUAAACACUCCUUCAGCUACCUCUUCAGUUUAGUAUUAAACCCAUCUUCGCAACUUAAA